AUGAACGGCCGGGCUCGGAGGCCGGCGGCGGCCCGCUGCUCGACAGCGACCCCGAAGAGCGACAGCAGAGUGAUGGAGAAGGAUCCGAGGAAGGCCGCGACGCCGGUGAAGGGAUCUGCCAACGCGGGCACCAGGGGCACCAUGAACAGAAUUCAGUCGAGGAGAGAGCGCAAGCUCGCGCUGCAGCAAGAUGUGGAUAAGCUCAAGAAGAAGCUGCGCCACGAGGAGAACGUCCACCGUGCUCUGGAGCGGGCGUUCACGCGGCCGCUCGGCGCCCUGCCUCGCCUGCCGCCGUAUCUGCCGUCUCAGACGCUGGCUCUUCUCGCGGAGGUGGCGGUGCUGGAGGAGGAGGUCGUCCGGCUGGAGGAGCAGGUGGUGAAUUUCCGGCAAGGGAUCUACCAGGAGGCGAUCAUCUUCUCCUCCGCCAAGAACGCCCAGCUCCCCAGCGGCGAAGUUCCCGUGCCGGCACAGCUCAUGCCGCCGAAUCCGGUGCUGAAUUCCGAGGUCCCAGCCACGACAGUAAGCCAAGGUUCAGACCAUCCUCCCAACGCUCGUCCAUCGCUGCACAACGGCGUGGCCAAUGGCAAGCAAACGCCAAGAAAGCCCGUCAACGCUACCUCGCCGCCGAGCCAGGAUGACCGGUCCGGGGCAGGGAAGGAGAACCAGUCGUUCAGCAACACGUCGAGCACGAGCAGCCGCCAGACGCCACCAUUGCAGCAGAAGACGACCAACAAGUCCAGGGCGACGCCGCCUGACAGACGCAGCAGGGCUACUCCUGCUCAUCAGACAAAUACUACUGCUGCGCCUGACCGUAAAAGGCCUGCUGCUGACGCUGCUGCUGCUGGCAGCAACUCUGACAAAGUGACGUCGUCCCAUGACGACUCAAGCUCGAGCGUGCCGAACAAACUGUCGGAGGAGCUGCUCCGGUGCCUGCUGACCAUCUUCUCGCGGAUGGGCUCGGCGGGCGGCGGCGGCGGCCAAGGACAAGGAGACGAGGAUCAGCAGGCGCCGUCCCCGUCGGUGUCCGGCUCCUCCAGCGAGAGCUCGGGGUCGGAGGACGCGUACCCGCAGGACCCCUACGGCAUCCUGGAGCUGGGCGCCAGGGACAUCGGCCCCUACAAGCGGUUCCACGUGGUGGACGCCGCGUCCUUCGACCCCAAUGCGCUGGCCGGCGACGGCGACGGCGACGGCGACGCGCCUCUCGUCCGGAGACUCAAGGCCCUGUUGCGGAGGCUGUCGUCGGUUGACCUGGCGGUAGCGGGGCUCUCCCAUCAGCAGAAGCUGGCGUUCUGGAUCAACAUCUACAACUCCUGCAUGAUGAACGCGUUCCUGGAGCAAGGGAUACCUACCACCCCGCAAAUGCUCGUGGCGAUGAUGCCCAAGGCCACCAUAAGCGUUGGUGGGCGCACGCACAGCGCCAUGUCCAUCGAGCAUUUCAUCCUCAGGCUGCCCUACAGCGCCAAGCAGGUGAAUCGGGAAGAAGGUGCCAAGGGCGACGACGACGACGACGUGACGGCGGCGCGCGGCGCGUUCGGGCUGGAGUGGCCUGAGCCCCUCGUCACCUUCGCGCUCUCCUGCGGCAGCUGGUCCUCCCCAGCGGUGAGGGUGUACACGGCGGCGCGCGUGGAGGAGCAGCUGGAGGCGGCGAAGCGGGAGUACCUGCAGGCGGCGGUCGGCGUGUCGAUGCCGGGGAAGCUGGCGGUCCCGAAGCUCCUGCAUUGGUACCUGCUGGACUUCGCCAAGGACGUGGACGCGCUCAUGGACUGGGUCUGCCUGCAGCUCCCGCCCGAGCUGCGGCACAAGGCGAUGCGGGUCGUGGAGGACGGCCGGCGCGCGGGCGCCGAGCCCGGCCGCAUCCAGGUCCUGCCGUACGAGUUCAGGUUCAGGUACCUGUUGGCCUCGUGA